AUGGGUGGUUGUUUUCACGAGCUCUUGCUGAAACUUGUGCUUGUAUCAAUUGUAGCAGGCACAGUUUCAGUUUUGGGUUCAAGUUUUGGUACUAAUUAUUCCAACAAUAUUCGGUGCAUCGAGAAGGAGAGGCAAGCACUCCUCAAGUUCAAACAGGGCCUUGAAGACGAAGGAGGUUCGCUUUCUUCCUGGGGAAGCACUGAAGAUUGUUGCAUAUCUUGGAAAGGAGUCCGAUGCAGUAAUUCAACAGGUCAUGUUGUCAUGCUUGAUCUGCACUCAGAGGAGACUUGCUUGGGGUACACUCAGAGGAGAUUUGCACCCCAAGCCUGCAUCUUAAGUGGUGAGAUGAACAAUGCACUGUUGGAGUUGAAAUAUCUGAAUUAUUUAGACUUGAGUUUCCGAUAUUUCAAUAACACCAACUUCCUCGAGUUGAUCACUUCCUUCUCUAAUUUGAGAUAUCUAAAUCUCUCUUAUGGUGGUUUGAGUGGAACAAUACCAAGCCAGUUUGGAAAUUUGUCGAAUUUAAUUUCACUUGAUCUCAGGGGAAACACUGACUUGGAGGCCAAAAAUCUCGAUUGGCUCUCCCAUCUUCCAUCUCUGAGACACUUGGACAUGGACGGUGUGAAUCUAAGCAAGGCUGUGGAUUGGCUGCAAGUGGUUAACAUGCUCCCUUCUCUACAGCAUUUGAGUCUAAGAGAAUGUGGGCUUUCCACUGUGACUCCUCCUCCAACUCUAUUCAAUAUUAAUUCCUCUGCUUCACUUUCAUUCCUUGAUCUCAGUGAUAACCAAAUCACCUCCAUGAUAUUUCCUUCGUUGUUGAGACAUGCCAACAGCCUUGUUUUUCUUGACCUCUCUUUUAAUGAUUUACGCGGUUCAUUUCCACAUCACACUUUGGAGAAAGCAAUAUCACUUGUUCAUCUCGAUCUUUCUUACAAUCACCUAGAAAGGAUCGUACCAAAAUCCUUGGAGAAUUUUCAGAGUCUGCAGGUACUUAAUUUAUCAUCAAAUAAUCUCAGUGGAGAGGUGCUUAUUGAUUUUGCCAAACUCCCAUCCUUGAAGGAGUUGCGUUUGUCCAACAAUCACUUAAAUGGGAAUCUCCCCUUAAGUGUAGGGAAGCUGUCCAAGCUUGAGGUUUUGGAUGUUUCUUCAAAUUCUUUGGAUGGCACCAUCACCCAAGCCCACUUGUUGAAUUUCUCCCUCCUAAAAGAGUUGGAUUUCUCUUACAAUUCAUUCUCAUUGAACUUCAGUUCAGCUUGGGUUCCCACAUUUCAAUUGGACACUUUGAAAUUGAGCUCCUGCAAAGUAUCGGGAUCAAAGUUUCCUCAAUGGCUUCAAACCCAAAAGAAACCACGGCACCUGGAUAUAUCCAAUGCAAGCAUUUCAGACACCAUCCCCAACUGGUUUUGGGACAUGUCUUACAAGUUGAGAUAUGUGAAUCUAUCUUACAACCAGAUCAACGGCAUGGUGCCAGACUUAUCCUCAAGGUUUGUUGGUGUUAGACGCUAG